AUGUCGCAGCCGUUCGCCGCCUCCUCGAGCGGCCAAGGAUCUCGGGAGGAAGGCGGCCUCGACAAGCAAAAAUCGGAGAGGCACCCACUUUUGCUGCCAAUAGUUGAAUCCCCCGAUCGAACGCUGGGCAAGCUCAAAUCGACGACGCACUCAAAAUCGACGCCUAUAAGUGACUCGGCCUAUCGACGAGGCGUUCGCUUCGAACAGCAGCGCGCCGACAAUGGCAGGUGCCGAAAGAAACGGGGGCGCAACAUCACCGUGUCCCGUGUCUGCCUCCCGGGGCUGUGGAAGUUACGUCCAGCGGUGGUGAUCGCGAACGCCAUACUGCUGUCGGUCGUGCUGGUCGGCUCUCUUCUGGCCUCCACCCUGCUGGCCGCCGGCUGGCGCCCCCCAGCAGCGGCCACGUGCCGCACCAAGCCUUGCCUCGAGUACGCGCGCCUCCUCGCCGACUCGGUGAACCGGUCGGCGGACCCCUGCCUGGAUUUCACGCGAUUCGUGUGCACCGGCUGGCGUCGGCGCAGCGAGCUGUCCGUUCACGACAAGUGGAUGCUGUCCGGCAUGAACCACCUGUCGAAACUCCUGCGCUCGGUCGACGUGCCUGGAAAGCAUCAGAACGCGCUCCAGAAAGGCGCCGCAUUCCUGCGGAGCUGCGAAGCAGUGAAGGCAGCACUGCUAGAGGCCGGCAUCGUGUGGCCUCUGCUGCCCAAGGACUCGGACCCAGUGGACGUUCUUCGCACGUGGCUGUACACUUCCUUGACGCUCCACUGGUGCAGCAUUCUGCACGUGUCCGUUCAGCGGGACGCGAACACCACGGUGAUCUUCCUGGAACCGCUCCAAGAGUUUUUUCGCAUCGCCGAAAGGCACAAGGAGUGGGCCAAUGACGCUGAGGAAGCCGGACGCUACUUCGAGACCCUCAGACGGGAGUUUCACAGCGUUACCGAAUAUUCGGCGAACGAGACGGAAGGCACCGUGAGGUUCGCCAGCACCUACAACUUGGACACGUUCUUCCUGAACGUAGUACUGCACAUUGAGGGCUUCCCUUUGGAAUACACUGUGCUUCAGCCAGCCGAGAUCUUCGGCACCGUACCGAGCCUCACCCACGAGCGAUGGCUGGUGGAGCUAGACCGCAACGGUGCGGACGUGUCCGGGGACGUUGUCUACUUGUCGACCAAGCCGAAUUUCGUGAGAAUGUUCCUGGCGCUGUGGAAGUUUCGCGGUGAGCGCGUGAUGCACACUUUCCUGUCCUGGUGCACUGUGCAGGUCGUCGCGCUCUACACGAACCGACGGCUGCUGCUCAACUUCUACGGACGCGAAAGCAGCGCCGACAUGUACCACGCUACGCUGUGCCUCAGCAAGACUCACCUUCUGUGCGGCAGUGACCUGUUCGGGAAGUAUUUCGAAAAAGUACUCUCGGAGCAGGAAUUGCGUGCCGCCCAGCGGGUGGUGGCCGACACCCGCCAGGCGUUCGCGAGCCGCCUAGAGCGCUGGCAGUACAAGGAUGACAACGUAAGCCUAGUCGACGACUGGAAGUCAACCGACGUCACCCUCGGCUACUUCAACCUACGAGCCCAGCUACACACACCUAAGCAGCAAGCGCCAAGUGUCACGUGCACGGGCGAUAUGGGCGACUCGCUGGUGGAGAACUUCCGUUUGGCGUCGCUUGGUCGCGUAAACGAGAGGCACCGCUGGACGUCCGAGCAGAUACAGUUCGCUGAUUGGUUCGUGCUGCUGCCGGGCAAGGACCUGGCACUGCUUCCGUACGCCCUCACCUUCCCGUGGCUCAACGAAGGUGGCACACGGUUUAUGAACCAAGGCGGCCUAGGAAGCAACCUCGCCUGGGCACUCAGCGUUCUUUUCCGCAUCAGGUACAGCAGGUCAGCGGAAGCCUCCAAAGCCAUCAGUCGGGUCAUCGAAAGAGCCAACAAAGCCAGCCGCCCUCGCGACGCCGGUGGCCAAAACAGGCACGACCAAAUUCUGCGCACGCUGGCCCUUGACGUGUCACUCGACGCCUACCGUUCUGCCGGUGCGGUUGGGGCCGACGAACACCUCGAAGGGUUCGAGGGUUACGGCGGUGCCGCGAUGUUCUUCAUCGCAUCGUGUUACGCCCUGUGUCGUGGAGGCGACACCUUGCUGCCCUUCGCCGGCGCUGAAUGCGACGUGUCAUUCCGCAACGUCGAGGGAUUCGGCGACGCCUUUGGAUGCGAACUGGGCAGCGCGAUGAAUCCCUUAAACAAGACGGCCAUCAUGUAA